AUGACAGACAAGCCUUACACUCUGUGCUUUCUAGGAUGCGGUAACCUGGGAGCUGCGAUCCUUGACAGCUUGCUAAGCGCGUCAAACAAUGAGCUGCCUUUCACACUUUUCGUUGCAUGUGUUCGCAGUCAACAGUCACAGACGAAAUUAGCCGCCCGUUUCUCCGAGCAGCUGGAUCGAUUAACCAUCACCAAAGGCGAUAAUGUCUCAGCCAUCCGUAAAUCCGACGUGAUCAUUCUUGGCGUGGAUCCUGUCGACAUCGCGAAAGUGUUGACACAAACCGGAAUCCGCGAGGCAUUAAAGGACAAGCUGUUGAUCAGCAUCGCAGCCGGUUGGACGCGUCAAAAGCUCGAGCAAACAAUUUAUGAAAGCGAAACAACCAGCGAAAACACGGACGGUCGUGCGUGGGUGGUGCGUACGCUUCCCAACAUCGCUGCACAAGUUUCCCAGUCCUUGACCGCGAUCGAGAUGUCGGAGCCCACACCACCAGAUGAAUAUCUUCAAAUCACGACAGCGAUCUUCGAGCGGAUUGGACGCACAGUGCAGAUCCCUCCCCACCUCAUGAAUGCGACUACCGCGGUUGGAGGGUCCACUCCGGCUUUCUUUGCUGUGAUCUGCGAUGCUAUGAUCGAUGCUGCCGUGGCGGUUGGCGUUCCUCGGGAUUUGGCGCAUACCAUGAUCUUCCAGUCUAUGCAAGGGACAGCCACUAUGCUUCAGACUGGAAUUCACCCUGCUCUUCUUAAGGAUCAGGGAACAUCUCCUGAGGGAUGCACUAUUGGUGGCUUGAUGGUUAUGGAGGAGGCGGGUGUUCGGGGUCAUAUUGGACGGGCUCUUCGAGAGUCUGUCACGCUGGCUCGUCUUAUGGAGACAAGCUCGCACGUCAACGAUACACGGCAUUGA